AUGGCCUCAGUUCUAGCCAUGUUUCCAUCAGGUGAUACGACGGAGUUCCUCAAAUACGUCCGUAUAACGGGAAGAGUAAAACACAGUUUCAUUAGAAAGCACAGUGACUCGGUCAUCAUUCCAAAUGAAGCACGUGAUCGAGGGACUUCAUUGUGUUACUCGUGGAACGGUGGCAGUUUCGAUAUGAGCGCAGUGGUGGCUAUCGUCCAUCCUCACGACGAUGUUGCAUCUUGGUCUGUUUCAGAGUUGUACAAACCGUAUAUGUGUCAUCACGCCAACUGUAACAAGCGCUUCGCCAACAAGUUCCUGCUGAAGAAGCAUGAGUUCAUUCACACGGGCGAGCGACCGCACCAGUGCCCAUACUGCUGCAAACGAUUCAACCGUAAAGACAACCUUCUUCGCCAUAAAAAGACGCACGAGUCGAACCACUUUCUGCCGCGACAUCGCGCCACUCGUUCGCUAGGCGGGGUCACUCUGACCAACAGCAAAAGCUUCCCGAACGACUCCAGUCUGAUGAUGAGUCUCAGCAGCGGGGUCGGCAUCGCAAGUGACCAGCAGUUGAACGAGUUGUCGUCGCAUGGCGGCGGUGUCGGCAACGACAGCAGUUACACUUCAUUUUCUGACCCUGCUACCCCGGCGUCUUCCGACCACCACCGACUGACGAUUGCAGUAGCGACGACGGCCACCGGCGGCUUGGACAUGCGCGACGGCAACGGUAACGGUCUGAAGUCGAAAGGCGCUAGUCUUGCCUCGACCCUGAUGGCGGACGUGCCCCCACCCGCUCCUCCGGCAGCGUCGGCUGUGGGCGACACCUGCACCUGA